GUCGACAACAACUUGGAUCACGUUCGAGUCCCCACGGACGACAGCGUCGUCCAUCUCGAACCGAGCGCGGCCGACGCGAUGAAUUGGCUUUGGGGAAGCACCGAAAGCGAUGGCAGCGAGAAGUUACCAGUGAGCCUUUCCAAGCUGAACCGAUCGGGACGGAACGUUCCCACAGACGAGGAUGCUUCGGUGCACAAGGACGAAGGCAACGCGUGCUUCAAUCGCAAGGACUACGACGGUGCCGUCUUUCACUACACGAAAGGUCUGGCCGAGAAGCCAACUGCCACCCUCUUUAGCAACCGGUCAGCAGCUUAUUGUGAGCUCGGCCAGUUCCACAAAGCAUUGGCCGAUGCCGAGCAAGCAGAGAAACUCGAUCCGUUGUGGGCAAAAGUGUACUCUCGGAAAGGCAAGGCCGACUACGGUCUGAAGCAGUACAAGCGUGCGGCGGACGACUUUGCCAAGGGACUGUCACUGAGCAUGCAAUUCGCGGCAGACGAAAGUGUGAAGCGAGACAAAGAGAUCGAGGCGUUAACGCGACAGGCCGCGAACCACACAGAAGCAUACAUGAAGCUCUUGGACGAGAACGCCCAACUCCAGCGCCAGGUAGACGACUACAAAGUCAUGUUCGACGACUGGGCGAAAAAGCAAAUGUAAUCGAAUCGCACGUAAUGUCGAUCGAAACAGCAUUGCCGUC